AGAGAAAAAGAAAGAAUCUAUAUUAACCAAAAAAAACACAACAUAUAUAUAUAUCGAGGAAGAAAUUAAAGAUGAUAUUGGAGAUUGAGGAAGUGAGCAGCUGCCCGGCACUGCCUCUGCUUUCGCUAAACCAUGUAUCGUUAUUGGUGAGAGAUGUCUGGAAUUCUGUGCGCUUCUAUGAAGAUGUCUUGGGCUUUUGUCUUGUCAAACGCCCUUCCUCUUUCAAUUUCCAUGGAGCCUGGUUGUACAACUAUGGAGUGGGGAUUCACUUGCUUGAGAACAAAGCGAUGGAGGAUUACGAUGCCAUCAAUGAACCUCGACCCAUUAAUCCGAAGGAUAACCACAUUUCCUUCCAGUGUACUGAUGUUGUGCUGGUGAAGAGGAGGUUGGAGGAAAUGGGAAUGAGAUACGUAACUGCAGUUGUGGAGGAAGAAGGGACCAAAGUAGAUCAGGUGUUUUUCCAUGACCCUGAUGGCUACAUGAUUGAAAUAUGUAACUGUGACAACCUUCCAAUUUUGCCCCUCUCUUCAAGCUGCCACCUCAAGCCCCACAAUAUUGGCAGCUAUAACAAAAUGAUAGCCACCAAUUAUGUCUGCGGUUUCAUGGAAACUGAAAUGUUGGAGAACUUAAGCAUGAACAUGCUCAACUUUUCUUUCUAAGCUGUACUACUGUACUAUUUUCGGUUAGUUUGUAAUCUGUGUGAUUGAAACUUUGAAUCUUUUGAAA